AUGUGCGCGUUCGGCACCUCCAUCCAUCCAUCCAACUCCACUCAGGCUGGGGGACGAGGCGGGGACUUGAGGACUUGGAAAAACUCCAAGCAGAGUUGCGGUCCUUUUGGACUUGGGGGCACCCGCGCGCUCGGGGGAAAGGGGGAACGCUCUAGCACUUGCGAGGAAGGGGAGAGGGGCUUCCGGAUGGACCCACCGACCCGCGUUAUCCGCUGCUUAUUCCAACUUCAGAAAUUAGGCGGCGCCUCUAAUUUGUUCUUCGAUCGCGGGCAAACGGAGGAGUAUGCAGGCAAUCCCAUCCCGAUGACGCCGCAUCAGAUGGCGUUGCUUCUUGAAGAAAUCGCUAAGCUCGACACGGAGAGAUUGAUUCUUGAACCGGGCGUCAUGCUAGCCGAUACGGGCACUGUUCUUAAUCUUAAUCUGAUCCGACAAAAGGCCCUCAGUCCCGCCUACACGCUACCAGAAAUGCUAAUGGAUCUAAAUUCCAUCUGCGAGCCUUUUCUAAAUCAGAGCCCGAGCCACGCGCAAUACGCCAAAGGCUUUCUCGAAAACGCAAACGAGGCAAUUGUUAUUGCGGUCAGAGACGCCCAGGUAAGCUCGGCCGGCUACCCGGCAGAUGGAACGGUCCCCGUCGCGAACGGCGACCCGAACCAACAGCAAGGCCACGUGCAAUACGCUCAGCCGGGACAACAAGAUCCGCAGCAGCAGUAUCAGCAGCAGCCGCAAUACCAGCAGCAGCCGCCGCAGUAUCAACAACAACCGCAGCAAUACCAGCAGCAGCAGCAGCAGCAGCCGCAGUAUCAACAGCAGUAUCAACAACAACCGAUGCCGCCGCAGCAGCAGCAGUACCAGCAGCAACCCCCGCCGCCGCAGCAGCAACAGUACGUACAGCAGGACGGAAGUAUGUACGCUCCACCGAACGGAAUGGUGAAUCAGCAAAACGGACAGGGAAUGAACGGGACGGCCGGCAACUCUUGGGUGAUGCAAGUCGUCGGAGAAGACGGUAACGGUCAGAUGCAGCCGGGCGGCGUGAUGCAGAAUCAGCACCAGCAGCAGCAGAUGCCACAUCAGCAUCAACAGCAAGCGGGUUACCACCACCAGCAAAACGGCAUGGUGCAGCAAGGGGGGCAGAUGGUGGGUUACCAGCAGCAGCACCCGCAGCACCAGCACCAGCCGCCCCACCACGGGGGAAUGCCCGGCGGCCCCCCCAUGCCUAACGGUCCGGGUGGAAUGCCCGAAGCUGUCGGCGACUCGUCGUUCGUCGGUAAGAAACGGCAGCGGAUGGAUAAACCCGGCGGACCCGGCGCCCCGGGCGCGCCGCCGAUGAAGGCCGCGUCGGGCGCGCCUCGGUCGCGCGUGGAGGGGCGGCGGUGCGAGGUGUGCGCGGUGAUUAAAAAGGCCGGGUGCGGCACGGAAAACGCGCACUUUAGGUGUCUGAAGCGGAAGCUUCCGGAAGGCGCGCAGGAGCUAGAGCGGAGAGUGGGAGAGCUGGUAGAUGUGGGGAAAGAGGAGCGGGUGACGGUGUGGAAUCCCAAGGAGGGGAGGAAGCUGAGCGGGCAGGCUGCUCCUAUGCUGAAGAACCUGGUCGGGUGGCUGGCGAGUCAUCCUGGGUGGGAGGCCCAUCCGCGAGGAUCCAGCCCUGUUGCAAGAAAGGUUACAAACAACGGAUCAUCAGCCCCUCCCGCGCAAGCCCCAGCAGGUCAUCACCUUGCUCCUGCCCCCGCUCCUCCUGCUUCCGUGCCCGUGCACGUGCCCAUGCCUGUGCCUGUUUCCCAAGACCCCAUCCCCUCGCGAACAUGA